UUUCUUUUUUGUUUUUUUCCCUUUCUUCAACGCUUCUGCUAAUUCUAAAUCUCGUUUCUACCCUGCCGAACUUGUCGUCGCCAUCUCCGCUUCGCCUACGGCUUGAUCUCCGCUUCGUAGUUACUGUACGCCUCAUUAGACUAUGCUCCCUGUCUUUGUGACACCCAUGUUUCCCCCCCGUCCCUCCAAUUGCCUAGUUUGCUGCAACCAGAACCACCUGAAGUUGCUUUUCUCCAUCUUAACAAGACUGUUUUUGCUCUGUUUCUUGUCGGUCGCGGAAACGCUGCCAGACCAAAAACCUUGACAGGGGUUCUGAUAUGUCCACAACUUUGACGUUUCCUGCAAGCUCCCGUGUCUUGUCUCUGAUGCUCUCUGACCCUCUUUGUCUAGUGUCUCUCUCCCGUUCUCAACCUCUCAACUGUUCUGUUCAUUUUCAGAUCCUCCUUUGACUCUGGCCCGGCUCCUCCGACACUCCAUUUACACCCCCAGCUGAACCAGCUGAGCCCGUUCCAUACCCAACCAGCGUUGGUACCCGCUAUAGUUUCUCGGUAUUCUACACACAUGGCAUGGUCAAGGAAGGACAUUGUCAUGGCUUGGACAACUGAUGUCAAACACAGGCAUCAUGGUCCAACUGACAAGCACAAACAAUGGGCAUGCGAGAUGAGGCCCGCCGCGUAUCAAUAGUCCAAAUACAGCCAUUUCCGCCCCAGCCCGAAAUUCUACGCUUUUGACUGUAGUCGGUUCUGCUGCAUCUUGCUUGCUUCUUUUCUUAUACAUACACAACGUCUCCCAGGGUGGGUGGCCACCGGAAUCCUCAGCUUUUCUCUGUUACACUAUCCCCUGUCUUUUCUAUCCCCAUAUCUCUCAUUCAUAUCUACCUCGAAUCUCUCUCGCACCUCAAUUUCUUUUUUAUUAUCCUUUCCUCUCUUCUAUCCUGCGUCGAAAGAGAUUCUGCUUUUGCUUGUGCCCGGUUCUCCAAAACCCUGCGUCAAGUGGACUUGUUGUCGUCUUGAACACUUACACCGACUGGCUGACCACUUAGAGCAAGCUCACAUCUUCCUCUGUCACAAUGAAGAUGACAUGGGACCUAGGAAUGGACCAUGUCCGGUCCUGGGUCCUCAACGGUGACUACGAACUGGACAAUUCUUUCGACCGCCCGUUUGCUUGGAGUUCUACCGUUGUCACUGGCCUCUCUGAAGCCGCCAUUGUACCCCAGCCUGAAAAUGCAAGUGCUCAUUCAGAUGUUGAGGGAGAAACGCAUGACUCCCAAAUCACUGAGUUGACCGCUGCUUCUACUGCGCCGGACUCCUUCUGGUCCUCUAAACCUUUCCCGACCUUGAACGAGCAGCAAUUCCUUGCCGUUGCCGACAAUGUGGACGAUCCUCUGAUUCCGAAGCAGCUCGACGUCCGUCGCAUCUUUCAUAAUGGUCGCUAUACAUGGCAGCAGCUCGUGAGCCAGGCACUGGCCUUACCAAGAGGCACCUUUCCUCCUGGCCUCGACCCGUCUAUCAUGCUCCAGGAUAUGCCGCCUCUCCCCGAAUCCGUGCCGCCAAAGGGAGUCCUGGCCGGAGCCCCCACCUGGCUUGUCCCGGAUCCGGAACGUCGCGUUCGGGACGGACCAGAUUUUGACCUCGAUAACGUUACCGGCACCACCAAGUAUUUCCGCCUCAGUUAUCCAUCGCCCAUCAACUGCAUCAUCUCUUCAGAUCCAAGCGCCUGCCACUAUGGCAAUCUAGCUGGCACCGCUGAUGCCUCCAAUGCCCCGCAAGGGCUCGCCAUCUUGACCGUGUGUUGGUCCUACAUUCUCUCGACACGACUACUGCAACUCCAGAACAGGAAGAUCCACUUCACCGACUCCUGUCUCCGCCCAGUCCCGAUUAACACGAUCGGGGAUCUCGCCCAGAAUGAGAUCCUGGUUCAUCUCCCCAAAGGUGUCUCCUCACGGCUCGUGCAUUGGCUCUGUGCGAUUCUGGCGUCACAGUCAGGUUGGGCCGCCGAUGGCCAAGGGGGCCCAUGUGCACCAUGGGAUGCAAAGUUCGCUAGUGACGUGCGCUUCAUCAUUGCUACUGAAGGUCAAGUCUCGAUUGACAGCGAUGCGGUGCCCCCAGCUCCCACCGAAGCUACGGACCUCUUGAUCGAGUUCUGUAACUUGUUUGGUAUUGACCAUGAGCCCCGCCGAUCUAAAGAUCCAAGUACCCUGUCACCGAUCAAGGCUGGCUUCCUUGCAGCCCUUGCAAUUCCAUUCUAUCGCAUGGCCAAGCUGGAACCUCAUUUACCUAGGCCAUCUCUGAAACCACGAAAGAGUACCCCCAUGGAUGCUGAUCAGGCAGCCAAUAUUCAUCGGUACACAGCGGAAGCACGCUACUACAUGACGCUGAGCAUGCAUCCUUACGCUCUGGGGCCAGUCCUCUGGAGCAUAUUUUGGCAACCAGAUAUCAAGUGCAACCUCGUUAGUCCCUGGUUGGCUGCCAUUACCAGCGUCAUUCAGCCCGCCUUCAAACACUGCGAUUUCGAGAUGCUCAUCAAAAUCUUUCUGCUCCGCCGUCCUCGGGUAGCCAUGUGGUGGCAUGGCCUCUUCCUUCUUGGUAACUCCAAAAUCUUGGAAUUCAUUCGCAACUAUCUGACUACGCUCGACGAGCGAUGUUCGUACGAUACCCUGUCUCGUCCAGAUAUUGUUACUGCGGUAUGGACAGGGGCACCUCAAUCAUAUCAAGAUGACCCUACAGUUACUGCCUACCAUGAUCUCAGCACGGCUGUUCCUCGUGCUGCCCUACUUCAGCAUCGUCAUACGCUGACUCUUCGCGAUCCAUGGCCCCUCUUCUACGGUUGGCGCCCCUUUGGUACGAUUCGCAAAGAAACUAUCGAGCCUGAUCUGUACCCUUGGCUUGAACGAGGCCAUCAUCGAGAAUACCGCCAUUGGACUUGGUGGUCAAAGGAUGAUGCAUCGUCCGAACCUUCAGUGCAUGUUGGCUACCGCAAAGAGACUUGUCAGUUUGACUCAAGCGUUCCAGAUAACCUCGAUCUCAUUCCUUCUCCCAACUCUCUUGCGCCAAUUCCACCCCCAACUGCUCUUCCCGUCGCUAUCGAGCCCUCCCGCCGUGCUACUUUGCAAAUGAUCAACCACUCCCUGGGAAACAUAGUUGGAGAGCGCAGCCUCAGCACUGCUGUCAUUCCGGAGUUGAAGCAAUCUCACCCAUGGCUCAAGGACUGGACUCCUGUCUGAGUGUAACUUCAUAUAUAAUACCCCAUUCGCCGAAUUUACGACCGUCAUGUUACCAUUUGUACGAUAUUUUAACUUUAACGGCCGCAGCAGAAACCAGACCUGAGCAUUGGGCUUUUUGGCCCACAGCAUUUUCGAGGAAGCGAGUCUUGGGUUAAACAAAAGAGGCAUGAUAAACUUUGCUGCCUCAAUUCACAUUCACUGUCAAUGGCCAUGGGCUGCGGUGCUUGCUUUCGGGUCUGUGUCUUGCUUUACUUUUGUCCUGUUACUUCUUCUGCCUUGCUUAAUAGUACGGGCGCUUCGGGGAUCUACUAAAAUAUACUAAACUUACCUAAGUCUUUUCAUCACUCUGGAUAAAGGUCCCAAGUUUUCUUGCCUCCCCUUGGGGCGCUCCCGGGUUUAUUAUUAGCAUCAUCGGUCCACGGCGUAUCGGAGUCCAACUGCUCCUUGGGCACGGCGGUUGUCCCGGUUGAACAUGUAUAUUUUAUGUCUGAUAUAUUUCACAAUUCAAUUUUUUUGCGACUCAUAUCCAAUGGCUGCACUAAUGACUAAUACCACAAUAUUCCAUGGGCUA